AUGAAGCUGGGACUCACGUUGGUGCUGUUCUCUCUGCUGGCAGGCCACUGUGGAGCUGACACCCGCACCGUGGGAGCCCGGGAAUGCCAGCGCAACUCUCAUCCCUGGCAAGCCGGCCUCUUCUACCUCACCCGGCAGCUCUGUGGAGCUACGCUCAUCAGUGACCAAUGGCUCCUCACAGCGGCUCACUGCCGAAAGCCGUACCUGUGGGUGCGCCUCGGGGAGCAUCAUCUAUGGCAGUGGGAGGGCCCUGAGAAGCUGCUUCUGGCCACAGACUUCUUCCCCCAUCCUGGGUUCAAUCCGGAUCUCUCUGCCAAUGACCACAAUGAUGAUAUUAUGCUGAUCCGGCUACCUCGGAAGGUCCGGCUGAAUCCAGCUGUGCAGCCCCUCAACCUCAGCCAGAGCCUGCCAGCUGUGGGCACCCAGUGCCUUAUCUCUGGCUGGGGCAGUGUGUCAAGCUCCAAAAUACAGUAUCCAAUGACACUGCAGUGUGCCAACAUUAGCGUCCUGGACAACAAGCUGUGCCGCUGGGCAUACCCAGGCCACAUCUCUGAGAAGAUGCUGUGUGCUGGCCUGUGGGAGGGUGGCCGAGGCUCUUGUCAGGGUGACUCUGGGGGACCCCUGGUGUGCAAAGGAACCUUGGCAGGAAUAGUGUCUGGGGGAGCUGAGCCUUGUUCCAGACCCCAGAGACCCGCUGUCUACACUAGCGUCUUCCACUACCUGGACUGGAUUGAAAACACCAUAGAAAAAGCCGAGUCCAUGCUAAGGACAGACUAG